GUAACCCAACCCAAACAAUACGGGAUUAGGACCCAAAAGAGGUGACAGUCAAAUCAAAGGACGACACGUGUGAAGACCUUGACGUUCAGAUAUGUUACAGGUGUGAGUGUUCAGACAGUAGAUUUACUAAAUCUUGAAAAGUAUUGAGGGGUACGCGAAGUGUGAAGUGAAUGAAGCAAAUGCGCAGAGAAGAGGAGAGGACUCACUCUGUGUUUUCUAACAGAGGAAUCAAAGAAUCUCUUGGUGGGUAAGGAGAGGAGAAGACAAGGGAGAGGUGAAGUUUUUGUGGGCUCUCUUUCAAUUUUCUUCUCAUGCCAAAAAAAGGAUGUGGAGCAGUAUACUAGAGAGUCUUGAAUGGCAGGGCACAAGUAAUAAUAGCCACAGGAGAUAACCCAUGGGAAGCAAUUAGAAACUGGUCAUGAGUAUGCUCGUGGGGACAUGCUUGAACCAAGAGAAACUGAUCUUCCCGCCCUGUUCCUGUUCUUGGUUGUGCUGCCCCUUGCUAUUUACGUUUUGCUAGGAAAAUGGAGUGAAGCUGCAAAGAAGAAAGAGAGGAUAAGUUUACUUGCUGAAUUGGCUGCCGAAGAAGCUCUUAGGGCGGAAGCUAUGGCUGCUGCCAGUGUUGUUCCUGUUAUACCUGUUUUGAAGAAUGCAGUUCAUGAGUGUGCUAGAUGCUCUGGUCCAGCUACCACACGCUGUUCCCGAUGCAAGUCUGUUCGCUACUGUUCUGGGAAGUGUCAGAUAAUUCACUGGAGGCAAGUUCACAAGCACGAGUGUCAGCAAACAGAAACCAAUGGCUUCUGUCCAUCACCCAUGUCUGCCUCGAAUGACGAGUCUAUUUAUGAAAGGAUCUUACAAAAUGAUACGAUGAGUGCACAAUGCGCUGGAUACAACAAGCACCCUGAGCAUGAGAAAGGUUCUGAUGAUGAUUGGAUCCAUCAUUUUGAUAGCAGUGGUGCAUCUGCUACCUCAUUUGAUGCCUCUGGGCUCCCCAUGAUCGAGAGAAGAUCCGCUGACAGGCGUGUUUCUCGCAAAUCUAGGUUAAGAAGAGAGGAUGAAGCUAUGUUAGAUUCUACUGAAGAAGCAUCCACCUCGUCCAAUAAAGAGUCUUCCAUAAGCCAUAAGUUAAAAAGUUUUGACUCUGUGCCCUUGGAAGAAGAAAUUCGCAGGAAGCAGAAUGGUAACAUCAAUUGUGGGAUUAGUAAUGUUCAUGCUACGAGACGUACAAUGCAUGAAAGUGAUGAUUUACGCAGUCCACAUGAAAACAUAUUUGAUGCAAGAACUAAUUUUGGUGUCACAAGCUCGUUAAGUUCAGCAAAGCCUGGGACAAAUGGGUGUGACAUUGAACGAGAUAUGAUGUCAAGUAGGGCAAACUUCCUGAUGGAGGAUACUACUUCUAAAGGUGAAACAGUAGAGUUGAACUGCUCUUCUGACAUGAAUCUGAUGAAGAGAAACAAUAAAGCUAAAAGUGCAGGACAUUCUCUUGGGACCAAAAUGUCUAAAUCACCAAAAUCAAUGAUGAAGGAAUCAAGAGAGCAGCUGUGUUCAGAAAUGGAGAGGAAGGGAGAAAUUGCGGACGAGUCCAAAGUUGGUGGAAUACGGGACACAAUUCCUCCAACAGGAAGCAAUGGCUUUGCAAAUAUGGGAAUCAUGAAGAUGAUUGGUCUAAAGAAGUCAUCAAAGCUUGGUAAACAGGAAACUUCAGAAGUUGUUGAAAGGCAUAAGAAGUUAAAGAUGCUUUUCCCUUAUGAAGAAUUUGUGAAGUUCUUUCAGUAUGAGGUGUAUGACCUAUCACCUAGGGGCCUUUUAAAUUGUGGGAACAGUUGUUAUGCCAAUGCUGUGUUGCAGUGCUUGACUUGCACAAAGCCUCUGACAAUCUAUUUGCUCCAUAGAUCACAUUCUAGAGCCAGUUGCAUGAAAGAUUGGUGCCUCAUGUGUGAACUUGAGCAACAUGUAAUGAUGUUAAGAGAAGGCGGGGGAGCAUUGUCAGCUGUAAGAAUUCUCUCGCAAAUGCAAAGUAUUAGUCGCCAGAUUGGCAAUGGAAGUCAGGAAGAUGCUCAUGAAUUUUUGAGGCUCUUGGUUACGUCAAUGCAGUCUAUAUGUUUGGAGGGCUUGGGUGGAGAGAAUCGGGUUGAUCCCAGAUUGCAAGAAACAACCUUUAUACAGCAUACUUUUGGGGGUCGUCUUAAGUCGAAGGUCAAAUGUUUGAGAUGUGAUCAUGAGUCAGAACGAUAUGAAAACAUUAUGGAUCUUACCCUCGAAAUAUUUGGUUGGGUUCAGUCUCUUGAAGAUGCACUCACUCAGUUUACAACCCCGGAAGAUUUGGAUGGAGAAAACAAGUAUAGAUGCGGAAGGUGCGCUGCAUAUGUUAGAGCACGGAAGCAGUUGAGCAUACACGAGGCGCCGAAUAUCUUGACAAUUGUUUUGAAGAGAUUUCAGGAGGGAAGUUAUGGCAAGAUAAAUAAGUGCAUCACUUUUCCUGACAUGCUCGAUAUGGUCCCAUUCAUGACCGGAACGGAUGAUAUUCCUCCGCUUUACAUGCUUUAUGCCGUUGUUGUGCAUUUGGACACGCUGAAUGCGUCUUUUUCUGGGCAUUACGUAUCGUAUGUGAAAGAUCUGCAAGGCAAUUGGUUCAGGAUAGAUGACACCGAGGUCCAGCCAGUGUCAACGAGCCAGGUGAUGUCGGAAGGAGCGUAUAUUUUAUUUUACAUGAGGUCAAGCCCCCGCCCUGCAAGAGCUUGUUCUGGAAAAGUCACUUGGCAGCACACGAAAACUCCUGGCCUCGUAAAGCACUGGCCAUCCAUUAGUCAGAAGCCUUCAAGACCCGGGCAAAGCAAUUCCAGCUGCCAAUUUGUCAACUCGGAGCCUUUGUCAGAUAUCAGAAGGGUGAGCAGAAAUAGACCACCAAGCACAGAGAGUUAUGCCGAGUCUAUAUUUUCAGACGCCACGUCAAGCGAUUGGUCCAUUUUCACUAGCUCAGACGAGGCAUCCUUCACCACCGAGAGUACAAGAGACUCUUUCAGUACCGUGGACCACGCUGAUGCGUGCAACGGUGAUCCGAUCUCCUCAAUCUUCAACACCCUUUACAGGCCAGAAUAUUCGUCUCAUAGAACAAUCUCGUGCAGCAUGUUUUCAAGCAGUCAGCCGCAGACAAGGUUUGCAUCAGAGGAGAGGACGGGCGUUGUUUUGGACUCGUAUCUCUUGGACCAACCUCAACCUCCUCCUUACGGAAUGCAGGGAGGAGAGUAUACGGAUGCGCCACAUUGUCCUUCAUCCGAAACUUUCCUUUCCUAUCCUGAUUACGGGUUCGGUGUAAAUUAUGAAGGUUAUCCGGAAUAUGGUACUAGUAGUAGAACUUAUGAUCAUUGUUACCAAUGAUGUUCAUGAAUUUCAACUGAAUAGGUUGGGUAGCUAGAUAGCUAGGGGACAGUUCUGUGCCAUCCAUUUUUAUUGUUUCAAUUUUUUGUUGAAUGGAAUGGGCACAUGACUCAGCAUUUCAAAUCCGAAAGAGGAAUGAAUAUUCUUGGUAUUAUAUGUA